AUGACUGCCAAGCAUCGGAAAGGGAAAAGCAACCAGAAACAUGAAGACAACUUUUUCAAAAACGAAGUUAUGGAGUCAGAAGGUCGCGGCGGAGCGAAUAAUUACACUCUUCUGUUGGUUUUAUUUCUCAUGAUUAAAUGCGACAGUCAAGUAGUAAGGCUCACCACUUGCAAGAAAAGGCCUUACCAACAGUGCGCGUUACCACUUACAAGUAAGGAAAGUGAAGACCUGCAGGCCAAUAUCAGAUUUCAAAAUGCCAAGAGCCUCACUGGACAAAUUUCAGAGAGUCUGGAAACUCGCCUGAAUGCCCUGGAGGAAUCGUAUGCACUGGCCCAGAAACAGGUGGGCAUGGCCUUGGCUACAGCUGAACAACUCAGGACAUCUGACCUCCCCGCUCAGGUGCUGUCGCUCCACACCGAGAUGAAAUCUCGCCUGGCUGAGAUGCAGCAAGCCACCGUGUCUCUGGAGCAACUGAACCAACUGCAGACUAUGCUGAAGGGGAAGAGUGAGGAGUUUGAGGGUGUCAGGAUUCAGGUGGAGGGCCUUGCCUUACUGAGCACUGACCUAUCCCAGAAGGUCGAGGACUUGACAGGGAGCUUGGGAGAUGUGGAGUCAAAGCUUGAGGAGAGAGUUGGACAGGUUGCAACGCUGAGUGCCACUCUGGACGGACAGGCCGCAGAGGUGCUCGGCCUGAAGGAGCAGCUGGACAACUACCAGGCUCAGCUUGAGGCCCACACACUGGAGAUGGCUACUGUCAGAGAGUUGCUUGAGAGUGAACUGUCCCAGCGGCUCCAGCAGGCCAGUGUGGAGGAGCACCUCAACACGCUGGUGGGAGAAACUCAACCUCCUGCUGAGUCAGUAGAACAGACAGGGGAAGAGACGGCUUCUGCAGCUGAUGUAGAGGCAGCUGCAGCAACUGAAGAAGCACUUCCUGUUGAGGCAUCCAACCUGGCAGAUGAGGGAGAAGAGGCAAGUGAAGGACGGGCAGCUGCACAGGAUGAAGCUCCUGUUGAGCAGGAGUACUCUGUGACAGAAAAAACUGCUCCUGCAGAGGAGGUUGAGGCAGUAAAGGAAGAUCAGACAGAGGAAGAUGAGUCAGUUGCCUUAUCAGAAAAGGAGGAAGUGGAUCCAGCCGAGACAGCAGAGGGAGGAGAAGGUGUAGAAGAGAAGUUACCUGAAAAGGAGGCAACUGACGAAGAGAGUGUUCAGGAAGAGUCAGUGCUCGAGGAGCAGAAACUUGAUGUUGAGGAGGAUGAACAGCAGGAUUUAGAAGCUGAAGAGGAGGCCUCAGAAGAGAGAGGUCAGGAAGAGUCACUGCUCGAGGAGGAGAAACCUGAUGUUGAGGAGGAAGAACAGCAGGAUGUAGCAGUUGAAGAGGAGGCCUCCGAAGAAGAUAGAGGUCAGGAAGAGUCACUGCUCGAUGGAGAGGAGGAAGAGCAGGAUGUAGCAGCUGAAGAGGAGGCCUCUGAAGAAGAUAUAGGUCAGGAAGAGUCACUGCUCGAUGAGGAGAAACUUGAUGUUGAGGAGGAUGAACAGCAGGAUGUAGCAGCUGAAGAGGAGGCCUCAGAAGAAGAUAUAGGUCAGGAAGAGUCACUGCUCGAGGAGGAAGAACAGCAGCAUGUAGCGGCUGAAGAGGAAGGAGAGGAGCCAUUAGAAAAUGAUGCAGAGGAUGAAUAGUGCACGUCACCAGAAAGAGAGAUUAUUCCACACCGGACGCAUCCAAUUCUGAGACUGAAGUCACAGUCUACAACAUGACAGAUACUGUAGGAAGGCAACUAUUGAUUGCUGCCGUUUAGAUGCAGUAUUCAUUAUGUGGUUGCUCUUGCAAAGGCAGACCUAGUCUAAAGAAAUCAGCCAUUACUCUGGAGUCUGAGCUGAAACUUGUACCUCUAUAGCGAUGGCUAUUAAGUUAGAAAAUGAGUGAUUCAGGGUUUUACCUGCCAAUAACGUCCUCAAAAGCCUUAAUCCAUAAAAGUCCAAAUGUCUUUCUACAGAGCAGUUUCCACUCUUUUUGUCAAGGAUAGUCUCUGUACUAAACUGUAAAACGAAAAGCCAAUGACGUAACAAGAAGCCAAUGCAUACACUGUUUAUCAGUGCACUUAAAGCCAUACGUAAUGCCUGUCGUGGUGACAUGAAAUGUUUUUUUGUCACUGGCUGAAUUAUAUAGAUUAUAUAUUUUGGAAGGAAGAACUGUUGCAGUAAGUUAAUGUAUCCUUAUUGUUUACACAGGCAAAAUGGCCAACUAAGCAAAAGAAGGAGGGGGGGGGGGGGAGGGGGAGCAUCUUUU